GACAAUCAGAGAGAGACAGUUUGGGGGGGGGGCAGAUGGAAGAAUGGAAAGAUAGAUGGAUAGACGUGAUGGAUAGAACAGAUUAUUUAUCUGCUUGGGGACUUUUAUUUAUUUGUAAACUCCUGGUCUAGUUUGUCAUGCAUCUAACUAAAUAACUAACUAGUUUGGAAACGAACGAGAAGACUUCAGCUAACCGCUGAUUGGGUGUUGAACAACACGUGAUUAAAAUCUCGCGUACGAUUGGUUCAUUCAUAUCAAAGGCGGAAGUGGCUGUGCAGCUGCUGUCCACCGUUAGUUUAGUUAUGUUGGAUUGGAUUGGAUUGUUGGAGUUUGCGAACUUUAAAGAAUAUUAUUAAUGUUUUUAUGAGCUGUUUGGUAACAGAAGAGGUUGUUUUAACUUUGGUUUGCAGCUGUGUUGUAAGUUUACUCGGAGGCGGAAGACCGGUUUGAGUGGCGAAUCACCGACGCUGUGGCUGUAAACGUCCGCAUGGAGAGCGAGGCGGGCAUGGAGAACCGGUCGCCGCUGGGCCCACUCACGCCCUCGCAGCAGAAUGGUGAAAGCGGGGCUCUGGAUUUCUCCAAACUCACGGCGCUUCAGUACGGCAUUACGCCAAACAGUUUCACAGCGUUCCCCAAAUACAAAGAUAAAUCCAGAAUGGCUCAGCUGAAGGCGAGGAGGAGGUCCACGAUCGGCGUGAGAGGAUCCCCUGAAACAAAUUCUCUUAUCUGCUUCAGAGCCAAGCAGGUCAUGAAGACUCCUCCUCGCACCCCUCAGCACUUGCUAGAGAAUCCGCUGUUUUCGGGCCACGACUCCCUAAAGCAGAAGAUGGCCGCUUUCCAGCGCGUGAUGGAGACGGACGAGGAGAAUACGGAACGAUCCGUCUCGCCCGUGAAGGAGGGGAAGGAAGAGGAGGGAGCGAGACACACUCAGUCUGACCUUGACGGCGGUUCGGAGGAGAGGGAGAACCGACUCCCUCCUCUAACCCCUCCUCUAUCGAAGAGACGCCGCAGGGGAACUCCUCACCGGAGUUUAUGGGAGGAGCAGUUCGAAGAAGAGACGCUUUCCGAGCAGGUGGAGUUCAAAAGCCCGAAGAUGGCGCCGAGUUUGGGUUUGGACUCGCAGUCUCGGCUCAUGUCUUUACCCAUGCUGUCGAAUCCUGAGCUGGUCAAAACCGGUGACGUCGAGGUCUCGCACGCGUCCAAAAAGAAACGUGUUCAUUUCGGCGCACCCCUCUCCCCGGAGUUCUUCGAUAAAAACCUCCCCCCCAGCACCCCGCUCCAGAAAGGUGCCACGCCCGCCCUCCCGCCGUCAUCCACAGGGCGCAAACACUCCCUCCUUAAAACACCACAGAGGUUCGAGUUUCCUCCGCCUCAGCCCGAUUUCAGCAGCCCUGAUCGAAACGGAGCAUCGCCGGUCCUACCAACAACACGCACGUACAGCCACGGGGGCGUGGCCAGCGACGAGGUGGCUCUGGACAAUCAAAAGAUCGCCUUCCCCAACAUGGAUGAGGAGUAUGAUGAUCCACCACUGGACAGUAAAGACUCGUCUGACUUCGGCGAGGUCACAGCGCAUCACGAGCCACUCGUUAAAGACCCUGAAAUCACGGACGAAACCCGGCUUUCCGUUACUGCUACUCCUGACCGUCCAGCACAUCCUCCAACAGGUGACGUGAUCACACCUGUAAUGGAACUCCCGUGUGUGUGUGUGUGUGUGUGUGUGUGUGUGAAAAAUAUAGAAGUCGGUCUGGAUAAGGGCGUCUGCUUAAAUGCCAUAAAUGUCUUACUUGCAGCAGAACCAGAGCUCAGCACCGAACAAGACCAGCAUCAGACGCCGAAGACUGCAGAGUCCUCUGCUGAAGCUCCUCGCUCUCGUGGGAGGAAGAAGAAGCAGCCAGCGGCGAGCGAGACGAUGGAGACCAGAAGGAGCUCUCGCUCCGCCGCCCAGUCCGCCAAGGGCAAAAUGAAGACCUCGUCGGCGAAGAAGAGAUUCUGGACUAAGGAGGUGGACCGCUCGCUCUACGGCAAGAGAGACUACGCCUCCAAAAACCCUCUUCUCAGCCCCAUCGUGGAGUCAGCCGCGUCCAGCCUGAGCAACACCCUGACACAACCACGUACAGGCAGGAGCACACCUGACCCAGAUAAUGCAUUUUUUAUAGUUCUAGUACUGAAUGUACAGGAAGUAACCGCUACUCUGUCAUCCUUCACAGGUGAGAAUCCCGACUGUAGUCCUGCUAUAGCUCCCAGCGCUAACCCGAUCACAACCGCGCCGGCUGAUCUGGUGGCUGCGGCUGCUCUGUGGCGCCGUCGCUUCUUGCGUCAGGGCAAAGACAGCGACUCGGACGGUAACCUGGCCGACGGGAGCGAGCGCUCUGUCCGUACGGACGCUCCUGUCCAAUCGGAAGCCUCCGCGAAGCCUUCGGUCGCGUCUGCCGAUAAACGAGCAAGCACGGGUAGAGCCAGAGGAAGACGGGGCGCGGCGAGCCGGAGCUGGAGCGGCGCCGAGGCGAAGGACGGGGGUGAGGGCGGAGAACGGAAAACUGAGGGCCAUCAAUCGGAAUCCAUCCAGGAGGAGAAUCCAUCAGGAGAGCAGUCCACGUCUGAGGAGUUAAAUCGGAGCGCAGAGAGGAAAGCAGAACCGGAAACUCGGAGAGGACGGAAGAGCGCUAGGACGAGAAAUAGCUCUGUGGCGGAGGAAGAGGAACAGUUCGAGCAAAGAGGAUUAGAGAAGACGUGCGAGGACACGGUGGAAUCUUCGGGAAGCGAGAGAGGAGAAGUGGAGAAGAACGACGAGGACAUGAGACAGACAUCAGGACGUGAAGUAGAGGAGAAGAACGACGAGGACUCGAAUCCAUCUUUAGCCCCCGUAGAAAACCUCGAGCCCUGGCAGCAGCCGGACUUCUUCUGCAUUGAAGACGUCCUGAAGCCUGUAGCGAAGGCUCGCGGCUCAGUGAGACGCAGCCUGAGACACCGCAGGAGCGUGGACGUCCUGGCCGAAGGUCUAGCCUGGGUGGAGCACACGUCCCCGCAGAGGAUCACUACAAACAAGAGGAGGAGGACAUGCACACUGAGCGCCGUCUCUCAGCCUCCUCCGUUUCCUGAUUCCGACGACCAGUAACCAGUCUCCGAACUUUUUUUUUUUUAAACAUGAAUUUUGCUUAGAUUUUAGAUCUGAUCUGAUGUUUGAGAAGUUAUUCUGAAUCCACACUUUCAGUUUAAAUCCCUCGUGAUUCAGAUUGGGCUUCUUCGGGAUGUUGACGACGCGAUCGCUCGUUAGAGGAAUCUCACGUAGGUCACUUUUUUCAUUCCUUGUCGUGUUUCUGUGUAAGAUUGUAUACGUGGUGCUUUUUUUUUUUUUUUUUUUUUUUUUUUUUUUUUUUUUUUUUUAAAAUAUAUAUAAAUAAGUUCCGUAACACUUCCAUAUAACAUGUACAACUACAUCAAACAGAUUAAACAAAAUUCUGAAAAAAUAUGGAAAAAAGAACAAGUUUGUAUGUGUUUUAAUAAAAUAGAUUUAAAUAAAUAUUCUUUCAUUCGUUCCUCUUUUUUUUCUAUUCCUUAGUGUUUUUUUGUUUAAUUUUAGCACAGCUAAUUCUUUUUUUCUUCCCUUCAUUCCCUUCCGUUCUUUUCAUUUGUUCCUUUUCUUGCCUCUUUUUUUUUUUUUAACAUUUAUUAUUUAAUUUUUUUUUUAAACCCAAACUCCAUCAUUUAUUUUUUUCUUCUUCUUAGAUUUCAUUCCUUUUGCUCCUUUUUUAUUUUAUUGAUUUUUUAAAAAAUUACUUUUUGUUCUGUUUACGGAUUAAAACAAGGCUAAAUUUUUAGCUCCUUUCUUUUUUAGAAUUUUUUCAUUUCAUUCCUUUAUUUUUGCUUUUUUGUCCGUUCUUGCGUUCAUGUUCUAAAUUUCGGUGCUGUAUUAGUUUUUUUAUUAUUAUUAUUCUUUGCCUUUGCUCUUCUUUUUUUCGUUCACAUUCUUUGUCGCUUUCUUUUAUUCCUUAUUUCACUCUAUUGUUAUGUUAUUUUUUUAAAUUGCCCUUAUUGUUUAUUUUAUUUAUUAUUAUUUUUAAAAAUUAUUUUCUUAGUUUCUUGUGUAAUGUCGGGCUCGGACCAGCAGAGGGCGAUCUGGACCUUAAAAUGUAGAAGCUGUGGCUGUGUGUUCUGUGUUUUAGGGGUCUAGCAGUAACUAUACCAGUGUGUGAUGGGGUGAUUAAUAACAUUUAUUCUAACGAGGUCCAAAGAAAAUGUUUUGACACAAAAUGAAAUGAAAACGACACAAAUACGUUCGAAUAUAUCAGAUAAAUCACGACAGUACGUUAAAAUAUUUUGAAUAAUAGUUUCAUUACUAUUUGUGCCACAGACAAACUUCCGACAAUCCGAAAAUAACGUUUAUUCACGGUUUGUUUCUCUUUUUUUGUUGUUGCUGCCUGUGUCAUUUAUAUCAUAACACGACGACAUGUUUUAAUUACAUCCCGAGAUGACGAGAGAACAACUGCUGCUCUUUCUAAAAUCCCACAAUGCAGUUCGAGCUCUAAGCAUAAAGCCAGUCCUGUUACAGAAUACCCAUAAUGCAUUGCGGUGCUCGGAAGGGACAUGGGAUUAAAUUAAGGAGUCGUUUUGGACAAAGGAUCGGUUUAACGAAUGACAGCAUCCUGUUCAGACUUCUGAGACGGAGAAACAUUGCCACCUAGUGGACUGAAGGGACGUGAAUAAACUUUUAUUAGAAGAAUUGUUUGGGCAAAUGAAUAUUUUUACCGUGGUUGUCGAAGAGCGCCAUCUAGUGGACUGAAAGAGCCUCAACGCUCUUGGGAUUGAACCUACAACCUUACGUAGGUUUUAAAAAUACAGUGUGUAUAAAAUUAGGGGUUUUAAAAUGUGCUUUAAGUUUGUAAUGUAUAAUAAUGCAAACUUAAAAUAAAAUGAUUUACUUUGUGCUCACUGAUGUUUAAUUCAUUCAUAAAGUAUUCGUUCAGAGUGCGAUUUGUUUCCUGAGACGUCUGGUCUUGCGUGCCCUCUGAGGAGUGUGUGUGUGUGUGUGUCGCACCGUUGGAGUCCUAAUGGUUGUACUAACUGUUUGUUCCCAUCCAGAGUGGGAUGGAUGGACAGAGGGAGGGAAGGAGGGCGUGAGGGAGGGUGAAGGCGGCUUAGCGCCAGAACAAUGAACCUUUUGACCGGAGAGAAGCCCUCAAGACAUGUGGCCUCCUGUCACCGUGGCAACAAGCACCGUCCCACCCCGCGACCCCCCUCAUGGGACGGCGUGCUAGCUGACAGCUGGAGAAGGAGACGAAAAUGGAGUCUCUUUCACAAGGAGCGUCCUCCACUUUGUUGUGUCUCAUGAUUUUCCCGCCUCGAAGAGACACCUGAUUCGUCUCGUCCGCAAGGGCAUUAGCGAAAAGAUAAACUCGUAAGGAAAGUCUCACGCACACAUACACACGUUUAUUUCUUUAAAUAUCCGGCUCAGACCACAUCCAGUUCACACAGACGUGCUGAGAUCUGAGAUCAUGUGACGUUCUCAGCAGCGGCCGGUUUUCCAGCAGUGCGAGACAUCGGCUACGGUGUUUGUCCGGGCUCUGACCGUGUAUUCUUUAGUAAAGGAUGCUUGAAAAAGGGAAGAGUAUCCAAGGGGCGGGACAUAUACAGUCUU